UGGGUGCCUGGAAAGGUGCUUGAUGUACAGUCGGUUCUUUCCUCACAAUUAGGUGAGCACAAGGCCAUCAAUGAAACCAAGGAAUGGGUUCUUUGGUCAAGGAUGGCCCCCAUUACCGGUAACGGUAACGGUGCAGAGGGCUGCAAUCAGCAGGAAACCAAAGCUCUUAGCAAGCAAGUAGCUACCCCAGAGACCGCACGCCCUCUAGCCUCAAAAUUUGCCAAAAAGUCAAAAAAUGCCAAAAAGCCUGAUGAUUCAGAACAAGCUUGGAAUGAAUGGUUAGCUGGAGUUAUAGAUGGCGAUGGGUGCCUAUUAGUAAGUAAGGCAGGAUUUAAAAGUAUCGAAAUCACGAUGGCUUUAGGAGAUGAACAUGCUCUUCAACAAAUUAAACAAAAGUUAGGAGGUUCAGUGAAACUCAGAUCAGGAUCUAAUUCGAUACGCUACAGAUUACAUAAUAAAGCAGGUAUGUUAGAUCUGAUUAAACGUAUUAAUGGAAAUAUUCGACAUUCUACUCGGGUGAAACAACUUAAAGCUGUAUGCCAAAUCUUAAACGUCCCUUUUAUAGAACCUUCCCCUCUUAGUUAUUAUAAUGGUUGGUUUGCGGGUUUUUUUGAUGCCGAUGGUAGUAUAACUUACUCUUUUAAAAAUCAUUAUCCUCAAAUGAGUAUAAGUGUUACUAACAAGAACGAAGGGGAUGUAAUUUUCUUUCAAAAUAUUUUGGGCGGGUAUAUUUAUUAUGACAAAUCACAAAAUGGUUAUUAUAAAUGGAGCAUUCAAGGGAAAUCUGAUAUCUUAAAUCUACUGAAUUAUUUUAAACUCUAUCCUAGUCGUAGUCAUAAGAGAUUACGUCUUUUCUUAGUCCCUCAAUUUUUUGAGUAUGUUGAAUUACGUUAUUAUUCUAAAGCUGUAGAUAGCUUACAAUAUAAAGCUUGGGCAAAACUUGUUGAAAAAUGGCAAAUAAGAGGCUAA